CAAUACUCAAUCAUUUACCUUGCCAUAUAUGGCAUGAUCUUGGCCUUCAGCUAGGACUCUAUCAUCUUACACUAGAAGACAUCAAUGAAGAUAAUAAUGGAGAUUCUAAGAAGUGCUUCAGACAGUGUAUGUCUGCCUGGUUAAGAGGAAAAGAUAAAGUGAGAGAGAAAGGAGGUCCCAGUUGGUCAUCAUUAGCUAUAGCACUGGAUAAAGAAGGAAAGCACCACAUUGCUACUAACAUUAGAAAUAAAUAUUGUCUUGAUAUUAAGGAAGUGGUUGAACUAACUGAAGAAUUCAAGGCACCAUUGACUCCAAUAAAGCUAGAGCCGACAAUUCAAAAGGUCAAACCAGCUACUAAUUACUCACCCACACAGAUCAGUGAGUACAAUGAUGAUCAGCAAAAAGUUAUAUUGACUAUCAGGGAUCUGGUAGGUAUUGUACAAGUGUUAAAAGAUAGUUCCUUUCAAACUAUCAAAUGGUUUGAUCUUGGUCUUUACUUGGGUCUGACUUACAACAAUUUAAAGAUGAUUGAGAUUAUGUAUCCACGAGAUGCUGAGCAAUGUCUCAGAGAAUGUUUAGCAAAAUGGCUUACAGAUAUUGAGGCAACAUGGGACAAACUAGCCAUUGCUGUUAGUGAAGUUGGAGAGACAUCAGUUGCGGAAUACAUAAGAGCUGAAGUAUCAUUUGCAAGUGCACCUACUAUGAGACCCACAGUGCAACCCACUGAAUUAGAUGAACUUAAAGGUGUACAUGUUGCUGCAAUAAAUUCAUUUCUUAUUCAUGGUGGAUCUACCCAGUCAGUUAAUUGGGAGGAAUAUGGUAUAAAGAUAACAAUACCACAAGGAGCAGUGCUACCCUCUGAUACUGUACAGGUCACCAUCACUGCUCUUGUAGGAGGAGAUUUUAUAUUCCCAGAAGACACUGAGCUUGUUAGUGCAGUAUACGCUAUAAACCUCUCUAAACCAUUUCUUAAACCUGUUAAACUGGAGAUACAGCACUGUGUCUCCAUAGAAACAUCUUCUCACUGUAAUUAUCUUAGUUUUGCUACUGCAACAAACAAUCAGCCACCUUACAAGUUCAUUACAGUAGAUGGUGGAGAAUUUUCUAUUGGCAAUAGAUAUGGUAGCAUUAGCAUUGCUAAAUUCUCUAAGUAUUGUAUUAAAACAUACUCAGGAAGACGUUAUCAGCCAUAUUCAAUCCCAGGCCCUUCAUCAUAUCAUGAAAGAACACAUACUCUUUCUUCACUUUUGCUAUUACCAACUUUUCCUGUUUUUGAAGCUUCAUCUAUGGGGAUUAUUUCAGUAAAGAAUUCAGCAGAUAAAUUACCUAAUAAGAGUUACUAUGGUCAAGUGAUGUAUGAAGUCAGGAGACCAGGAAGGGAAUGGUUGAUGAGAUUUCUUUUGUCUAAAGAUCUUAAUGCACUAAUAGAGCAUAUUAAAAAAACAUUCAAAUUUGUUGAGUGUAUUGAGGUAUCCUUCCAGUUUAAAGAUGAUGAUGGAUUCAUUGAGUUAUACUUUGAUUAUGGGCAAUGUCCCAAAGGAUGGUCUGUUAGACCUCAUCAAUUUCCUACAGGAGUUAGGCAGAUUGAUAUAGAUGAUUAUGGCAGUAUGUCUCCUCCUCGUUUUCCAAAAUGCCUCAUUACAUUCACAGUCUCACCUGGUGAAGAUACAGUGAAGGAAUUAAGUUAUCCUGUCACAAUGCAAGGAAUAAAAAAAUCCAACGUUGAGAAAAUAAACAUUGUAUUAACAAUGGGUGACUUCCAGCAAGCAUCUGCCGGUUCUAUUGCUUCCAACACAGGGCCAAUUUCUUCAGAUGAUGAGAGGAAACUAGCAGGAAAAGUACUACGAGAAAACUUUGCUGCACUGUCAAAAAUUCUGGCAGCCCCAAGUAACCUAUCAGCUGUCAUCAUGAGCUUCUAUGCUAAAGAGUUAAUUUCUGAUACUACUGCUACUGAGUGUAUGAAUGAUUGCAGACCAGUACAAGAUAGAUGUGCUUCAUUACUGUUUGCUGUUAAAGCUACUGUUGAUGGGAAACCUCAGCUAAUAAAUACUUUAAUUGAAGCAUUGAAGGAAAAUGAAGCAUUUAAAGAAAUUGCUGAUAAAAUGACACAGUCAUUGAUAAACCCUUAAUUUCUUAGCUGUCCAGCAAUUUCCAAUUUUUAUUACAUUUUAAAACUUACUUCGUUGUGUUUCAGCCUAAAACACAACUAAGUACAUGUAAGUUGUGUUUUAAUGUUAAAGACAACAUUAGUUUUAGUCCUAACUAAAUCAAUUAAUGUUUAACAUAAUGUCACCUCCUCCACAUUAUAAUGAGACACACAUUAACUGAUCAAUCAUUAGCUGAUACUAAUGGGCUAAUGUUCAUAUACUGUAUAUUACAUACAGUCACUAGUCAAUAGUGUCUGCUGGAGUAGAGGAGGAGGUGUCUGUUAUAAGGAGUGUAUCUGUUAAUAGUAUCACAUUGUACUAAUAAUAGUGAUAAUAGUAUUUAAUAAUAAUUGUUUUUAAUAGUUGUUUGUCGUUCCCAAACUGUUUGACUCCUCCCACUACUGUCACUAUUUUAUAGUAACUGCUGGUAGUUCGUCAACAACAGCUGCUACUAGGACCAAUCAUCAGAUUAGUUCAAAUUAUAGUGGGACUCUCCCCUGGUCAGGGGUUGGGUCUCAGUAUCGUUGGUAGGCGUGGCUCUCCCACUGGGGACGUACCCAUUUACGUAAAGAGGAUCCUACCUGAGUCAGUGUUACAGAAAGACUCAAAGAUAAAGACUGGAGAUGAACUGGUAGUAGUUAAUGAUUUAAUAAUACAUAAUGUAACUAAGGACUAUGCUACUGAAGCUCUUACUAAUGUACAGGGAACAGUGAGACUACUACUGAUACAGGACCUAUGAAUGAGGAUGAUAUCUGGAGGAGACUGGAUUGAAUGAAUGAAUCUAUUGAUACUGCUGUUUCUCUUUCUCUUCUUUAUUUCUUUUCAUCUUGUGUUUCUUUUUUGUCUGUUUUUUCAAGAAAGUAUGUAAUUUUGUGUGUUUUUUGUUCUCCAUUUUAAAAUUACACCCCAUAAUGAUUACACCCACUUUGUAACAGUAGUCUAACACGCCCUUAUCA